AUGGACGACCCACUUACUAUGUAGUUUACGUAUUCCUUAAUUUCAUCAGUCCAUGUUGGUGCGGUACCGGUAGCUAAAGUGUUCCAUACGCCAUUGUCGCCAACGAUUUCAGUUAAGAAAGCUAGUUACUUAUGGACAGAAAACAAAACUCGCUGAGUGCACAGGCGGCGCAACUCCAGCGGUCUAUCCAGAGCCGGGAGCAGCGACGCAUUGCAGAGAAAGCCCAGCGACACGAAGCAGCGGAGGCUUCCGGGGAGUACGGCUCUUACGAUGGCCCACCUGCAAAGCGCCCGAACCCGGGCAGCGGCAACGCUGCCGGCAGCGCUGUGGCCCGACUGUCCGAGAUCUCCGCGGCCCUAGCCUCUCGACCCGCUGAGACCUUCCGUUGCGACCUCUGUCAGGCCGUCUUCCCCAGUGAGGCCCCCUACCAGCAGCACCUGGCGGGCCCGGUGCACCGGCGCGCGGUGGAGCGGCAGCGGGAGGCGCAGCUGGCGGCGCAGAGGCGGGCAGUGUAUCAGGACAUGACGGAAUCCGCGCUGGGAGCGGCUGCCUGGGCCGCAGGGCACGGCAACACCGCCGCCACCACUCGACCCACACCACAGCAGCAGCAUCAAGCGCAGCAGCAGCAGCAGCAGCAGCAACCGCCGGGAGCAAUGGCGGGUCGUGGCGGCGGGCGUGGCGGCGGCAGGGAUGCUGGGCGCGGCGGUGGACGCGGGCGCGGCUCCGACGCCACUGCUGCUAUCGGUGGGGCGAGUGGUAGACGUGGCGACGUGCUGAGUCACGAGGAGCUCGUGGCAGCAGCCACUCGCAGCGACGAGCCGUUGACCAUUGGGGGCUGGGCCCCGCCAACCAUCUCGCUGCGCCCCCCCGAGGAGCCGCAGCCCAGGGCGCCGGCAGGACACGCCGCCUCGCAACCAGGCGCUCCUCUGCUGCAGCCACUGCAGCAGCAGCAGCAGCCCCUAGGGCAGCAGGAGCAGCAGCAGCAGCAGCAGCAGCAGGGGGCGCAAGGAGCCGACGACAACGCAACGACGGCUGCAGUUGCGGGCGCUGCUGCUGGUGCAGCUGGCGGGGGGCCCAGCGCUGGGUUACUGGGGUUGUCGUACGGAAGCGAUGAUGAGGAUGAGGAUGCGG